CUUAGAGUGUGGGAAAAGAAGAAGAAAUGAUUUUAUUUUCGUGGAAAAAUAUUAACUAGAUUUAGUCCAGAUUUAUACUUAACUUUGUUUGUCCCAGAAAAUUUCAGGACUUCUUAUCCUGUUUCUCAAUUCCUCUUUCAGAAUGUUGAAAGAUUUGAGAUCUUACAAGCGGAAGAAAUCUAGUGAAGAGAUUGAGAAUGUACCAGUAAACCCUAAGGAUUCUAUAAUAAAUCCUAAUUUUGUUGAUGGAAUUAGGGCUCCUUUACAUACUAUACCAGAACCAACACAAAUUGUGUUAGAACAAGAAUCUGGUUAUAGUAAAAGUAAGAUUGAUAGAAAUACUACUCCUUCUAAAGGGGGGAAGACUUCUGGAUCGGCAGUUCGUACGCCGGAAAAGCAAGGGUUUUCCCUGAGGAGUAAGUUUGGAUGGGCGAGUAAGAAUGGUGCUGAUGAUGGUGAUGCAACUCAUAAUUUGCAUCAGUUUCCAGUGUCCAGCCGUGGGAGUAGUAAUGCCAAUGGGGGUUUGCCCAAUGUGACUCCUCGUUCUGUUAGGACAACGGGAAGGUCUACAACAAGUUAUUCUGAAUCUAGUUCGAUUUCGACCUUCAAUACACCAACAAAGAGUGUCACUAAACCGACGGCUUCUGGGUUUACUGCACUUAAUGGGGCCAGACCUCCAAUGAGCAUUGGUGCUCGCUUUGGAAACCCUGGUGCACUUUCUAAAGGAAUUCCUUACUCUUCAACUUCUGUUGUAAAUACGGUCCAAGUGCCUGAUUUCGAGCUUAAAGAGGACCCUUCAUUCUGGAUGGAUCACAAUGUACAGGUUUUAAUACGUGUCCGUCCAUUGAAUAACAUGGAGCGGGGACAACAAGGUUAUAACCGGUGCUUAAAGCAAGAGAAUGCACAAAGCAUUUCUUGGGUUGGGCAACAGGAAGCUCGUUUCACAUUUGAUCACGUGGCAUGUGAAACAACUAGCCAGGAAAUGCUUUUUAGAGUGGCUGGUCUACCAAUGGUAGAGAAUUGUCUGUCUGGAUACAAUAGCUGUAUGUUUGCAUAUGGCCAGACUGGGAGCGGGAAGACACAUACAAUGCUUGGUGAAAUUGCCGACUUGGAUGUCAAUCCCAGUGCAGAGCGUGGGAUGACACCACGUAUCUUCGAAUUUUUGUUUGCGAGGAUAAGAGCUGAAGAGGAAAUCCGAAGGGAUGAGAAAUUAACAUACAAUUGCAAGUGUUCCUUCUUAGAGAUUUACAAUGAACAGAUAACGGACCUCCUAGAUCCUUCAUGUACUAAUUUGCUACUGAGGGAGGAUAUGAAAACAGGCGUGUACGUUGAGAAUCUAACCGAAUUUGAAGUUAACACAGUGAAUGACAUUCUUUGCCUUCUUACUCGGGGUGCUGCAAAUAGGAAGGUGGCAGCGACAAAUAUGAACAGAGAGAGCAGUCGUUCACAUAGUGUCUUUACAUGUGUGAUUGAGAGUAGGUGGGAAAAAGACUCCACCACUAACUUACGGUUUGCGCGAUUAAACCUUGUAGAUCUUGCUGGUUCAGAAAGGCAGAAAGCAUCUGGAGCUGAGGGUGAGCGACUAAAGGAAGCAGCGAGUAUUAACAAAUCACUAUCUACGUUAGGUCAUGUAAUAAUGGUUCUAGUGGAUGUGGCACAAGGGAAGCAGCGACAUAUUCCAUAUAGAGAUUCAAGGCUCACUUUUCUUCUCCAGGAUUCGCUGGGUGGAAACUCAAAAACUAUGAUAAUUGCUAAUGUUAGCCCUUCAAUCUGUUCUGCUGCCGAAACCCUAAGCACUCUCAAGUUUGCACAACGGGCUAAAUUAAUUCAAAACAAUGCUAUUGUCAACGAAGAUGCAUCGGGGAACGUAAUGGCGUUGCAGCACCAGAUACACCUAUUGAAGGAGGAACUUGCUGUUCUCAAGCGGCAGAAUGUAUCUAGGUCCCUCUCAUAUCGUUCGGCAAUCUUCGGUGAUGCCGACAGAAAAAGUUCUGAUGGUCCACAUGAUGAAGAGACACCUGAUAUGGUUCUUGAAAGUGUUGACGGCUCCCAAGGGUCUGCCUCUUUGGGUAUUGUGCGAUUGUCUACUAAACAGAUGCAAUCUCUGGAAACUACCCUGACCGGUGCCUUGAGAAGAGAACAGAUGGCAGAUACUUCAAUGAAGCAGCUGGAAGCUGAAAUCGCACAGCUGAAUCGUUUGGUUCGCCAACGAGAGGAGGACACUCAGUGCACCAAAAUGAUGCUGAAGUUUCGGGAGGACAAGAUUCAGAGAAUGGAGUCACUGGUCGGUGGUUUGAUACCUUCUGAUGCCUACUUAUUGGAGGAGACAAAUGCUCUCUCUGAAGAGCUUAAGUUACUUCAAGUUAGGGCUGAUAGGAACCCAGAAGUAACCCGUUUUGCACUUGAAAACAUCAGGCUUCUGGAGAAAAUUAGAAAGUUUCAGGACUUUUAUGAAGAAGGAGAGAGAGAACUGCUAAUCACAGAAGUAUCCGAACUGCGCGAUCAGCUACUUCAAUUCCUUGAAGAGAAUAGCAAAAUGUAUAGCAAUCAAAAUGUUACUGUGCCACCACAGGAGGCUGUUGUUAGAGAGCAUAAUUCAAACCAGUUAGAGUUAACAAAAACUCAGAAUGAGUUAGAAAACUGCAGGAAUAACUUAAAUUCUUGUUCGGAGACAAAUGCAAAACUUACCAGGGAAAUAGAAGAACUGCAUUCUCAAUUGAACAGCUAUAGAUCUUUCCAUGAUGAUAAGGAUUUCCAUUUCAAGUCCUCCGAGGAAGCUUCAAUAGAUCAAGCAUUCACCAAUCAUUUGCAUGAUUCAGUUGAGAAGGAGACUCUGAAGCAUGAAAUCAUACUGAAACACACAGAAGAAGUUAUGAAUUUAGAACUGGAGCUGGAUAUACUAAAAAACAUUAUCCAAGAAGAGAGAUCAUCUCGUAUCAGUAUAGAGGAAAAUGCUUCGUCUUUGGGAAAUGAUCUUGAGAUGGCAAAAGAGAGGUAUUCGCAGAUGAGCAAGCAAUUAGAAGACGCCCACAGAGAGUUGAAAGAUGCAAGGUCUGUAAUUGAAGCACUCGAAUCACAAAUUCUUUCCAUGAGUGAGUUGGAGGAUCUGAAGAGGGGUGACGGUUAUUUGGAGCUUCUAAGUAAAAAGGAUCAUGACAUAUCCAUUUUACAGGAACAAAUACACAGCCUCGAACUAAGAAAUCUUCCAGUUCUUAAGCAUUCAAAGAUUGAAAAUCUCUCCUUGCAGGACAGGUUGAAAGGAGUAAGCAACUCUCUUGAAAAAGCCAAAAGAUUGAAUCUGUGGUACAAAAGUGAUCGGGCAUUUCAGGUGUCAAAUGAACAAGAAACAGAAGAAGUUCGUAGACAGGUUGAGGCAGAAACAGCAGAGGUUAUUGUAUGCCUCGAAGAAGAGCUCAUGGCUCUACAACAGCAGGUCACGGAGUUGCAUGUGAAAGAGGUAGAAGCUAAAGAGAGUUUGAUGAUGCUAGAAACUGAGAAAGCAGAUCUUCUGAAAAAGCUAACUACGAUGACUGACGACAAUAAACACAUCCGAGAAGAGCUUAUAAGUCUUCACCAGCAAGUUGUAGAAGGCAAUGCAAAUGAUGUAGUAACUAAAGAGAGCUUACUGAUGCUGGAAGCAGAAAAAGAGGAUCUCCGGGAGAAGCUAUUACAGAUGACAGAUGACAACGAAAGGUUACAUGAACUAAUUCAGGGGAAAGAUGAGGAACUGAAUGCCUUAACCGAUGAAUGGGAAAGGUUAGCUUUUGAAAUCGAAGAGGUUAUUGCUGAUGGUCAUGACUCAGUGAGAGAUGCUUCUGAUGAGGUGGACUUAAUUUCACGUUCAUUUUCUCAGAGAAUUAGGAUCAGUGAGCAGGUCGGGAGGAUGGUAAAUACCAUCUGUGAAAAAGAUCUUUUGAUUGAUGAGUUAAGAAGUGGCCUGGAGGAUGCAGAGAAGCUAAGGUCUGAUAUGGAAUUGAAGGUUAGGUCUUUAAGAGGGGCAGCACUGGCUAUCACUGAACAGCAGCAAAACGAAAAGUGUGAAAAGGAGAAAGAAGUUCUAGCUCUAACUUCAGCGUUGCGUGCAAAACAGUGUACGAUAACGGAGAUAGAGACUAAGGUCAAGUUAUGGGGAGACCAUAUCAGUAAAACUGAAAUUUGUGCAACAGCUGGCUUUGUAAUUGUGAAUAGACUGUCCGAGAGAAAUUCUGAUCUUUUAGAAACUUUGAAGCACAAAGAGAUCCAGCUUAAUGAGACCCGUGCAGAGGGAAUGGAGAAGGAUGCACUUUGCAAGUAUCAGGUUUCUGCGCUUAGGGAUGCAGAACAACAAAUCAAAGCUUUGAGAUUGGAAUCCGAGUGCUCUGAAGAAAUCUGUACAAAUCUGAAGAUUAAACUUGCUGAAGAGCAAGAAGUUGUUCAUGCACUGGAAAGGAAGCUGAGUGAGAUUCAAAGUCACAGUAUACUGGAAACAAAGGAGAAAUUGGACGAGUUUAGAUUCCAUAUUUCCACUCUCAGUACAUACAUGAAUGAAUACGCUGAACUAGAAGGACAACCUCACACAGUAACCACUCAAGAAUUGCAUGCUUUGCCAUGUGAGAAGAGUUAUUCGGCUGAUAUUGAGACAUGUCCAAGCAUCCGCAAGAAAGAGCCAGAUUAUGUUGGGAGGCCUUGCAAAGAUGCAUCUGAUGGAGACACAACCAUUGUCCUUUUGAAAAAGGAGGUUGAGUUAGCUCUUGGUAGCUUAAGGGAAGUACAGGCACAGAUGGCCAAACUACUCAAAGAGAAAGAUGAGAUUAAGAAGUCGGAGAUACGUUGUCGAAUAAACAUGGAGGGUGUCACUGCUCAAGUCCUUAACUUUCAAACAGAAACAGAUGCUACAGGGAAACAAUUUGAUCUCAAGCUAAAUGAGUUGGAGCAAAAGCUUUUGACAUUUGAGAAAAGGGUGAAGGAAACUAAAUCUUAUUGGAUUCAAAAGAAAGAGGUGCUUGAAUUCGAUUUGCGUGCUGCAAAGAUGACUGCAGCACAGAAAACGGUUGAGGCUUCUGGUUUGCUUGUUAAACUUGGAGAAGCACAAGACACAAUGAAAGAAUCCGAAAUUGCGAAACUUGCAGUGAUGGAAGAAAAUGAAAUGGCUAAACUUGAAAUAAGAAGGCUGAAGAAUUUGGAGGACAGAAUCACCCAUGAAAGAGACUCCUUAAUCCAUGAAAUGCAAAGCAUUCAAAAUUCUAGUGAUCAGAAGGAUCAAAAAUAUGACAACCUGGAGAGACAGCUCUAUUCGGAUCUUUCCGAAACAAGGAGUGUAGUUCUAGCCUUGGAGGAUAUUAUUACACAAACCCAAACUGCAUGCAUGGAGAAUUUCACCUCAAUAGUUUGUGAGUUCAACUGCUUGAAGUCCAAGGUUGUUCAGUCUACAAGCUUAACAAGGUCAUGGUUGGAGGACAUCUGGUCGGAGAUAAUUGCCAAGGAUUGUGCUGUAUCGGUGUUACACCUCUGUCACGUGGGUGUUCUGUUGGAAGCUGUGAUUGGGUUGAAUGCAGAAAAUGGGUUGCUUCACCAUGGUGUGUGUGAGUCAACCACGUUGAUAGCUGAUUUGAAGGAGCAUAACUUGAGAGCAAGAAGAAACAUCUUUGAUCGAGUCUCAAGAAAAGAAGAUGAGACUGAUAAGUUAAGCUGUAUGCUAAGUGCCUUUGAGAAGAAAAUACUGGAUUUGCAACUCCUAGAAAAGGAACUGCUGGCUAGGUCAGAUUCUAUGGGUUCUGAGCUUUCCUUAUUGAUGAAAGAUUUAGACGCGACUAAUGUGAGUGCUUUGACAGCCCUGUUGGAUCAGCAGAAGUUGUUUGGAGACAAAGAGGAUCUAAUGAUGUUGGAUUCAGCAUCUAAAGGUUUUGAAUCACUUAUUCUAGCAACAGAGAUGAAACAACUGGCUGUGGAUAAGGCUGGUUCUGAGAGAGAGACAGAAGCAUAUAGAGAAAAUUUUGAAACUUUAAUUAAAGAGAUGAUCUUUCUUCAGGUAGAUGUUGAGCUGGAAAAGCAAGUAUGCAUGGCUGUAGAAGCUGAUGCUGCUGUUUUAAAAAAUGUGGUGGAAGAAACAGUUUCCAGCAAAGAUGCCGUCUCAUGCAAGCUGAAAGAGUGCCUCUCAGAACUUGCAAAAACAUAUGAAGUAAACAAGAUCCUUGAACGAGAUACUCAAUCAUUGAGGGAAGUUGCUUUCAUAAAUGAGAAAUUAAAAGCUGAACUUGGCGAUGCGAUGGCAAUCAAGGAGAGUUUAUCAUCUGAAAUUCAGGUUCUCGAGAUUCAAAAUGAACGGUUGGAUAAAAAGUUGGCGGCAAGGGAUGCAGCUCUGGAGAGUUCUCGUUGCAGCCUGCAAAUAGAAAUGGAAAGUAGAGAAGCAGAGUUACAAAGGCUGAGGUCUGUAGAGGAAGAGAACGUGACAUUGCAAAGUGGCGCAAAGGAACUGAAGGCGAACUACUGCAGAGUUCUUGAAGAUUUUCAAGAGAAGAAAUCUGAAAUUGAGUCUUCUAAUAGUCGUGGGCAUGUCAUUGAACAAGAAAACAGUAAAUUGCAGGAAAAAAUAUGCUCGUUGGAAACUUGCAUUUCUAGCUUAAAUACUGAGUGUGUCAUGAGAGAUGAAGAACUAGAUAAGCUUCAGAGUUUGCAAUCAAAUUUGGUGGAAGAGCUCAAGUUAAAAAGUCAGGAUCUAGAAAUCCAGUCCAGCCUAUUAAAUUCCUUGAAGGCGGAAAAUUGUUCUUUGAGAAACAAGCUUAUUGCUACUGAGAAAAGUAAGGACGGUGUGUUUAGCUUGCUCGCUUUGAAAACUAAGAGCUUUUCUGAUUUGCUCCAAUCUGUAAAUAUUGUGGGUGACAUUCUUCAAGUUUUCGAUGACAAAUAUAUUGUGCUGGUAGAGAAAAUGUUGAAUGAUAUCCGUGUAAAUGAUGAAAUGUUCUCUAGGUUCAUUGGGGAGCUUGAAUGCUUGGAGAACUCUGUUAAAGAAUUGAUGUCUGAUAAUUUGUCUCUCCAGACUGAGUUGGCAAGGAAAGAUGAAGUCCUGAAAGGCUUGUUGUUUGAGUUAAAUACGUUGCAAGAAACAGCGUCUAAUGCCAAAGACCAACAUGAUGAAUUCGAAGAAAUAGUUACUGCUAUGAAAUCAUUAAAAGAUGAUCUUACCUGUAGAGCUGUUGAGCUUGAAGAAGCUAUUGAGCAAAGGCAAGUGCUGGAAGCUCAAUUUAAGGAGAAAACCAACUUCUGCUCAAAACUUGAGAUGGAUCUAUCAACAGAGCGUAAGUCGCAUAAAAUUAUUCAGAAUGAGAAUGUUGAUCUGAGAGCUCAACUGGAGGAUGUUCAAGUAGCAAACGCUUCCAUUGAGGAGGAAUUGAAGGAGAGAGGCAAGCUGCAGGAAAGUUUAGAAGAGGAACUCUUUCAAAUGGAAAACACCCUUGGUCAAAUGAAUGCUUUGCUUGAGGGAUUGAAGAAUGAUUUGAACAAAGUCACUAGUGAGAGGGAUCAUCUCAAUUCCGAGGUCUUUGAUUGGAAAGAGAAGUUCGAAGCGAUGCGAGCUUUGGCUGAAGAAAACGAAGCAAUCUCUGUGGAAGCUCGGCAGAUUGCUGAGUCAACAAAGGCAUACGCAGAAGAGAAGGAAGAGGAGGUGAAGUUGUUGGAGAGGUCCGUUGAAGAGCUAGAAAGUACUGUUGAUGUACUGCAAAACCAGUCGGACAUUGUCAGAGGGGAGGCUGAAAGGCAAAGGUUGCAGAGAGAGGAUCUAGAAAUGGAGCUUCACUCAAUAAGAAAUCAGAUGCUGGCUGUACAAACAUCUGGUGCGAACAUGAAGUUAGAAAUGCAAAACAUUAUGAAUGAAGAUGCUGACUUGCAGAGGCAUCUUCAAAAUAAAGAAAGCGACUUGCAAGAAGCCAGAAAACAAAUUAAAGAUCUUGAAAAGAAUAUGGCUGAGAAAGAUGCAGAGAUUUCUCGGUGCAUAGCUCAUAUCUCAGAGUUAAAUUUACACGCAGAGGCACAGGCAUGCGAAUACAAGCAAAAGUUCAAAACAUUGGAAGCCAUGGCCGAACCUGUCAAACCUGAGCCUGUUUCUUCCCAUGCUACAAACUCAAUGUCCACAAAACCGGAGAAGUAUGCAGUGAAGUCUAGAGGUUCUGGUUCCCCCUUUAAAUGCAUUGGACUGGGCUUGACUCAGCAAAUAAAGUCUGAAAAAGACGAGGAACUUACUGCUGGGAGGAUUCGCAUUGAGGAGCUUGAAGCCUUGGCUGUAAAUCGACAGAAAGAGAUAUUUAUGCUGAACGCUAGACUUGCUGCCGCAGAGAGCAUGACUCAUGAUGUUAUUCGGGAUUUACUUGGAGUGAAGCUGGACAUGACCAACUAUGCUUCACUAGUGGAUCAUCAACAAGUGCUUAAGGUUACGGACAAGGGUCAGCAUGAGGCUGAUGAAUCCUCUGGAAAGGAUCGCGAGGUUGUAAAACUGAAGCAGCAGUUGAAUGUGUUUAUUGAAGAGAGACAAGGAUGGCUGGAGGAAAUAAACCAAAGACAUGCAGAAAUGGUGGCGCUACAAGUUGCUUGCGAAAAGCUUCGGCAACGUGAUCAGUUUCUCACAACGGAAAACGAAAUGUUGAAGAUUGAGAAUGUGAACCAUAAGAAGAAGGUGAUGGAUCUUGAAGAUGAAGCGAAAAAGUUGUCAGGACAGCAAAAUCUGCAGCAGCGUAUACAUCAUCAUGCAAAAAUCAAGGAGGAAAAUAAUGUACUAAGGGCUCAUAAUGAAGACCUAAGUGCCAAGUUACGACGAUCCGAGAUAAUCUUAUCACGGGUCAAGGAAGAACUUGCUCGUUAUCGUGCUUCUGAAGGAAGGAGCCCCUUUAUCAAUUUUGACGAGGAACAAAGAUUACACAAGAAACUCAAGGAAACCGAAGAGGAAAGGCUUCAAUUGGCACAGAAGCUAUUGUGCUUGUGUACAAGUAUUUUGAAGGCAGCAGGAAUAACUAGGCCUGUAUCUGAUAUAAGUCUCUCAGGAGCAGAAGAUGCACUCGAGCAGCUAAAGAAUCGGGUGUCUUCCUUGGAGAGAGAAGUAAAAGAUAUUGAAUUUAAGAGUAGGAUAACAAGUGAGAAAGUUCGAUUAUCUGAGCUAAAGCAACAAUAAUCACCGGUAGGUUCAAGGACAGAUGAGAACAAUCCAACACCGAGAAAGUCACCCUUCCUAACUUCAUUAGGUCGAUAAGUCAACUCAUGUACAACUUCUGUUAGCUUUUGGCUAAUAGUUCUUUAGCUUACAAGCUCACACUCUCUGUAGUUAUAACGUGUAUCUCAAAAAGAAAGCUAACCGGCUCUCCCUAAUAUGUUCAGCUGAUUGAGCUUCCAAAUAUAUUUUUUUGUAUCUGUGAAUAUGUUCACCUUGUUAUCUACAGGUAUGUAUAAAAUAAAUCAAAGCAUAAUUGAGAUAUACACAUGAGAUCAAA